GGAAAGCCACGAGUGCCUAAGAAAAUGGUGGGAAGAGAAAUUUGCUGAAUGGCGUCCCAGACAAGGAGGGCAGAGAAGGUCACGCUCUAACAACAAAGUCACACCCCCCUUUGACCAACGUUUAUUAUUAACCUUCUCUUCUCUUCUCUUCACUUGACGUUUCAAUUUUUUUCACUUCAAUUCAGACACACACCUUCUUCUUUCUCUUCAUCCAAUAAUCACUCAUGGCUUGGAGGCCUUUAUUAACGCAGGUUUCAAGGCGACAAUUAGAAUUUGGACAGGCAAAACAUUUGUUUCUUAGAGGCCAUUUUUCCAUUAAUAAGUUCAGAGAUUGUGCAGGGAAUAGGCUUUUGCCCACCCAGGAGAGAUUCAAGUCCAGCUAUGUUGGCGAUUUCAACCGUCGAAUACGUGAUGCAGAUGAAGCUGUUGAAAUUUCUCAUCUGAAAGAACUUUACCAUCGAAAUGAACCUGAAGCUGUAAUUAGGUUAUUUGAAAGUCAGCCAUCUCUGCAUGCUAAUCCUUCAGCACUUUCCGAAUAUAUUAAAGCAUUAGUUAAAGUUGAUAGGCUGGAUGAAAGUGAAUUAUUGAAGACAUUGAGAAGAGGUAUGCCCAAUGCAGUGAGGGAGGAAGAAAGCAUAGAUGGCUUCUCUUCUCUUAGAAAUAUGCGGGGGCAAGAAAGUAUAGGUGGUUUCUCUGCUUUUAGAAAUCUGGGAACACCUGCAAGAGAGAGAAUUCUUGGGACUGCAAGUUCACCCGUUCAUAUGGUGGCUACAGAAGCGGCGAGUUUUAAAGAUCGACUAUGGCGUGCAUUUAGGUCCAUUGUAGUUGUUUUUUUGUUGAUUUCGGGUGCAGGAGCUCUCGUAGAGGAUAAAGGAGUUGGUCAAGGGCUUGGUGAACAUGAAGGAGUGCUACCCAGCAUGGAGUCAAGUACAAGAUUUAAUGAUGUAAAAGGUGUUGACGAGGCAAAGGCAGAGCUGGAAGAAAUUGUUCACUACCUCCGGGAUCCUAAGCGCUUUACUCGGCUUGGUGGUAAGCUUCCAAAAGGAGUGUUGCUUGUUGGUCCACCUGGAACUGGAAAAACUAUGUUGGCUAGAGCUAUAGCCGGAGAGGCUGGGGUUCCUUUCUUCUCAAGCAGUGGAAGCGAAUUUGAUGAGAUGUACGUGGGUGUAGGUGCACGAAGGGUCAGGGAUCUUUUUUCCGCUGCUAGGAAGCGAUCACCUUCUAUAAUCUUCAUUGACGAGAUAGAUGCUAUUGGAGGGAACCGAAGUGCGAAGGACCAAACUUACAUGAAGAUGACAUUAAAUCAAUUGCUGGUUGAGUUAGAUGGAUUCAAACAAAAUGAAGGCACAAUUGUGAUUGGAGCAACUAAUUUUCCAGAGUCAUUGGAUAAGGCUUUGGUGAGACCUGGUCGAUUUGAUCGCCAUGUUGUUGUUCCCAAUCCAGAUGUAGAAGGAAGACGGCAGAUUUUGGAGUCGCACAUGUCAAAGGUUAUGAUGGCUGAUGAUGUUGAUUUGAUGGUCAUUGCUCGAGGAACACCUGGGUUCUCUGGUGCUGACCUUGCAAACUUGGUUAAUGUAGGCGCCCUUAAGGCUGCAAUGGACGGUGCUAAAGCUGUGACCAUGGCCGAUUUAGAGUAUGCAAAGGACAAGAUCAUGAUGGGAAGUGAACGCAAGACAGCCAUCAUAUCUGAGGAAUCGCGAAAGUUGACUGCUUACCAUGAGGGUGGCCAUGCCCUUGUGGCCAUUCACACCGAUGGGGCCCUUCCCGUUCACAAGGCGACAAUAGUUCCCCGAGGGAUGGCCCUCGGCAUGGUUACUCAAUUACCCGAGAAGGAUGAGACCAGCAUAUCCCGUAAACAGAUGCUUGCCCGGCUUGAUGUUUGCAUGGGAGGCCGGGUAGCAGAAGAGCUCAUUUUCGGGGCAAACGAAGUUACUGCUGGCGCGUCGUCCGACCUCAAGCAGGCGACUAAGCUAGCAAGGGAAAUGAUUACUAAAUAUGGUAUGGGAAAGGAGACUGGACUUGCCACUCACAAUUACAAUGAUGAUGGGAGAAGCAUGAGCUCAGAGACAAGGCUUCUUAUUGAGAAAGAGGUGAAGCAUUUCUUGGAGAGAGCUUACAACAAUGCAAAAACAAUUCUAACCACUCACAACAAGGAACUCCAUGCUCUUGCAAAUGCUCUUCUUGAACAUGAGACCCUUUCAGGAACUCAGAUAAGAACACUUCUUGCUCAAGUUAGAUCCCAGAAACAGCAGCAGCAGCAGCAGCCGCACAUGGUCGAAGUGCAGAGCAGAUCUUAG